AUGAAGUUUUUGUUGUGGAUUGGUGAGAUUAUACUAAAUUUAUAGCCCAAAGCAAUUAAAUCUAUAAUAAAAAUACUUUUAUAAAUAAUUUAAAAAUACAUAUUGAAAAAAAAUCAUAAAAAAUAUUAAGUUUAAAGUUAAGAGUAAGCAUCAAAUAUAACUUAUUGCUUAGAAGAAAAAAAGGAAGAAUAAAAAGAAUAAGAUGACAGAAAUCAAAUUAAUGAUAAUUUAAGAUUCCAAAUUGAAGAAAAUAAUUUUAAUCAAACUUAAAAUUACACUUAUUCUAAUAGAAAUUCAAAUUAAAAUCAAUAAUAAAUUUAAUAAUAAUUAUAAGACUCUCAUUAAAAAUAUGUAUAAAAUUAAGAAGAAUUAGAUAAAAAUAACUGUUAAGAAUAAGAAAUAUUUUAAGGUUAAGAAUAAUAAGAAGUUUCAGGGACCCGAUAAGAUGAUGAAAAGAAAAAUAAACCAAAUCAAAAUCUAGAAGAGGAACAAUAGUAAUAAUAAGAAUAAUAAAAAGCUUUUUAAACACAAAAAUCAGAAAUAAAUAAUUAAAAUUAAAAUUAAGAACUAUAAUAAGAAAAUUAGGAAAUUAAUUAUUAGGAUUAAUUUACAGAAAAUAACCAAUAAUAAUAAUCAGAAGUACCUAUAGAAUAAUAAUAAUAAGAAAUUGAAAAUAUAAAUAAUCAAGUUUAAUAAUAAAAUUCUUAAGAAAAUGAAGAAAUAAUAGAAAUGUAUUAAUAAUAACCUGAAAUUGAGAACUAUUAUAAAUAUUUGACAAAUGAUAUAGAAUAAUUACUUAAUUAAAUUGCUUAAAAAUCUUAUCAAGGAAGAUAUUUGGAACAAAAUUACAAAUAUUUUGUUGGUGAAAAAGAGAAUAUUAACGAUACAAUUAAGCAUUAUUUUGGAAGACGUAGAGCAUAAUUUUCAAAAUAGAUUACCAGUUUUAAGUAAGAAAUUAUUGGACAUUAUAAAAUUCGAGGAGAUGGAAAUUGUUUUUACACAUCUUUUAUUUUUUAAUUUUUAUCAUUAUUGAUAUAAAAUGAAAAAAGAAGAAAUUAGUUUUUAAAAGAUUUAGAAAAUAUUAAAGCAAGCAUCCAUUACUAAAAUAUUAAAAUAGAUUAAAAUGAGGAAAUAGUUUAGGAAUUUGUCUAUCAAUUUUAGUAGAUUAAAACAAAGUAAGAAUUAUUAGUGAAAUUGAGAGAUCCUGAUUAUUUAUUUUAUUAAAUCACAGUAAUUGUUUUUAGGAGUUACUUUUCUUAUAUUUAUUAGAAGGAUUAAUUAUUUGAAUAAUUUAAUGAUUAAAAUAUUUUAGAAAGUCUUAUAACUUGGGAAGAAGAGUGUAACAGCAAUGAAAUUUUGAUAAAAGUAAUAUCCUAAAAUUUAAAUUUGUAAUAAUAAUUUGAAAAUUAUUUUUAGAAUUUUAGUAUUGUAUUUUAUAGAUAUGAAGAAUAAUAAUUAUGAGAGAAAAGAAUAUGUGCCUGAAAAUACAAACGAAGAAACAGAAAAAAUAUAUUUUUUAUUAUCUCCAGGACAUUAUUAAAUAGCAAUACCUAAAUGAUUUAA